AUGUGUUUUUACAGCUCGAAAGAUUCGCUAAACGAACUGGUCAGGCAAGUGACGGAGCAGACAAGAGCCGAAAUGUCGGCUGCAUUUGGUCCCGAAACAGCCGCACUGCUGGAUACCGGUCUUUUUUUUCGGGGAUUAGGUAUUGCGCGGAAUAUGCCGAGUUUCAAAAAAAAAAAAUUGGAUUUGCCACCGAAACGAAAACGACGUUCGCAGGGUACCGGGAGUGAAUCUUCGCAAUCAGCACAGUCAUAUACGGGCAAAUCUGACAGUAGCAGAAGUACGCCGUCCAUCACUGUUCGUAGUGAAAGUGAAAAACAAGGAAUUUGCUCAGAUGAACAAAGCGUCGAUGACGAGGACCAACAGAGUACCACGGGCCGGUAA